ACCACCCGUGCCGGCCAAUCACGACCCCGCAUCGUCAGCGAGGGGAACCGCGGCCAGCCGCUGCCCGCAAAGCUGGGGAUCGCACCCACACACAAAGUUGGCCAGCUGCGGCUCAUGGCGGGGGAGGAUGACCACUGACACGCUCCGGAUAUGCCUGUUUUGUCAAACCCAAACCCGCAGGUCGAAAACCAUGAUGGAGGGCACGCUCGAGCUCGUGUUCUUAGGGCUGACGCCAGCCCGCCUUGUCACGAUGACGGCCUUGUGUCAAAUAGCACGCGCCGUCUCUCGCUCCUUCCCAAGUUUCCUCACGUACUCGGACCACAGCUGCCUGCCUUUGAACUUCAUCAAGCAGCCUCUUGACUGAAGCGCAUCCACUCCUCACCGACCGCCAUCAUGGCCAUCGUCCAGAUAUUGGGCGGCGCGGCUGCGGCUGCUGUCAUCUACGUCUUUGGAGUCGCCGUCUACCGCGUCUUCUUCCACCCAUUGGCCAAGUACCCAGGCCCGUUCCUGGCCAAGCUCACGGACGGCUACCAGCUCUACCACGCCUGGAAGGGCGACCGCCACCUCGACUUCUGGCGCAUGCACGAAAAGUACGGCAAGGCCGUCCGCUUCGGCCCCAACAGCGUCUCGUUCAACUCGAAUGUCGCCCUCAAGGACAUCUACGGCUUCAAGUCCAACGUCCGCAAGUCCGAGUUCUACGACGCCUUUGUCCACCCGGCCGCCAACACCCACAACACCCGCGACAAGGCCCUCCACGCCCGCAAGCGGCGCGUCCUCUCUCAGGCCUUUUCCGACUCGGCCGUCAAGCAGAUGGAGCGCUACAUCCUCAACAACAUCCGCACCUUCUGCGAGCAGAUUGGCCAGGGCGCCUCCGACGAUGCCAAGGGCUGGACCGUCGCCAAGAACAUGGCCGACUGGUGCAACUACCUCGCCAUGGACAUUCUUGGCGACUUGUGCUUCGGCAAGGCCUUCCACAUGCUCGAGUCCGAGACGAACCGCUACGCCCUCGAGCUCGUGUCUCUGGCGACCAUGCGGCACCUGAUUUGCGGCACCAUGCGCGCCGUGGGCCAGCUCAAGCUUGACAACAUCCUUUUCCCCAAGAUCGCCGCCGGCCGUGCCAAGUACAUGGCUUACAGCAAGCAGCAGCUUACCGAACGGACCAAGCUGGGCGACGACACGGACCGCCGUGACUUCUUCUAUCACCUGCUCCGGGCGCGCGACCCCGAGACCGGCCAGGGCUUCACCACCCCUGAGCUCUGGGGUGAGUCCAACCUGCUCAUCAUUGCCGGCUCCGACACCACCUCGACCGCCAUGGCUGCCACCCUCUUCUACCUCGUCCGCAACCCGGCCGCCCUCGCCAAGGCUACUGCCGAGAUCCGCAGCACCUUUUCAGACGUCGAGGAGAUCCAGAUUGGCCAGCAGCUCACCUCGUGCACCUACCUGCGCGCCUGCAUCGACGAGGCCAUGCGCAGGACCCCCAGCGUGGGCGGCAUCGCUCCUCGUGAGGUCCUCCCCGGUGGUGCCGUGAUUGACGGUCACCAGCUGCCCCAGGGCGUGGUUGUCGGAGUCCCCCACUACACGAUCCACCACAACGCCGAAUACUACCCGGAGCCUUUUACCUACGUUCCCGAGCGCUGGAUUGCCGGCUCCGAGUCUUCGGCCAAGCUGCUCCCCGACAAUGCCACUGCCACCACGACAGAAGACGACGUCAGUGUCGCGCAGUCAGCGUUCUGCCCCUUCAGCGUCGGCCCGCGUGGCUGCAUCGGCAAGGGCUUGGCGUACAUUGAGAUGUCGAUCACCCUCGCGCGGGCGCUGUACAUGUACGACCUGCGCAAGGCUGCGGGGAUUGUCGACCCGGCCGAGGGCAACCCGGCCUUUGAGUAUGGCCGACACCGGGUCGGCGAGUACCAGACCAUUGACCAGUUUACGAGUCUGAAGAACGGGCCGAUGGUGGAGUUCAGGAGGAGGGUGUAAAUCGGAGUGUCGUACCGGUGAUGGGGGAGCGAUAAGUGAAUGCACAUUUUGAUACCACGGCCGUGGGGGAGCCCACGCACUUUGUCUAGAUUGGAACCACAGACUUUUUGGCCAAUUGCAGCAGGCAGAUUGGCAGAUUGGCAGAUUGGAGAUAACGAGAUAAUGAAGUUGCAUGAAUUGCAGCGGAUGCCCUUGUCAAGCCGGAGAGGCACUGCUGUGCAGAAAGGUACCCCUGCCACCACGCAUCUUCGUGCUGCUCGGAUUGGUAUUGAUGUUUGCUUCUUGCCCACGUUUGCUGAGCCCUGUCUGGCUCGUGUCAUGCCCAUGCAUGGGGUUUGUUACCUGUCAGCGAGAGACACUC